UCGAACGGCAAGGUCAGAAUCAUUGAGUGGAAAAGAUCGCAGUGUCAUCUCCAAAUGUGAACAAGACUCUUUUUCCAACAUCCAUUUGGAUGAUUAUGUACGUCAGCAGAAUUUACGUAAAGGAUUGGACCAAGAAUACCACCUUGGGGGACUCCUGCACGGAUAGAAUGGAUGGGCGAAUGGGAAGAACCGUAUGUUACCCAGAAGUAACGGUGGCCUAGAUGGAGGUACUGAAGAAUGCAACUUGCAAAAAAUUGUAACUACAAAGACGGUUAAAAUGAAAUAUAGAAGCAGAACAAGUAGUUGGAUUUCAAUAGAUCGGAACCUUUUUAACACAUGGUUCGGAGGGACAAAACACAUCGUCUUCCAACGCCAAGAGGUGGAUCGCCUUCGACGAAGUCUGCGAGUGAUGUGCCAUUCUGGGCGAAUGGCUUUCCGGGAUGACCGAGUCGUCGGAACAGGGCGCCACCAGUCGGUAUGCCUUCCUGAGAAGGAAAGGAUGAAGGGUUCUAACGACUACGACGGUUAGGGAGUCUCUUGAAGACUAAAAAGCUCAGUAUUUUUCUUGUUUUGUGAAAAUAACGUCUUUUAAGGAGUUUUGCCUAUUCAAUUCAGCUACUACCCCUCACAAGUAUGUCUAUAUGAUUUUUUUCACUGUUUACGUUUGUUAAAUAAUAUAUCAUGUUUUGUUGCAUCUCUA